UUGUGGUCGCUCCUUGUCGAAGCAUAAAACCAGCCAAAAGCAUCACAAAUUACUGAGUAUCAAUAAAUUUCAUAGGUUAAAUAUGAAAGCAACGCUACUUUUAUUGAAAUAAAUCGUUAAUAAAUAUGACACCACUUGGAGGAACUGCUGAGGUUUCAAAACAAAUUAAUAUCAAUGGUAAAGUCUCUCCCUCAAAGCAAAAUGGUACCAGUAUAUUUGCUAAGCAAUUGGAGUUUAAGGGAAAGGUUUACAAGCUUAUGAUACAGAUUGAUAAGAUUAGAGCCAAACCUGGACCAAAAUGUAGAAAACCGGCGCUUCUGGCUGCCAGCAGACGCGAAAAGAUGGCAAAGAUUAUGGAAACUUUUGAUAAACAAUGUGGUGAUUAUUCCCCGGGAAAUAUAGCGAUAAAAACAAUUUCGAAACCUGUGAGGAUUGAGCCAGAGAGCAGUGAGAGCCAAUCAGACGGUAAAAUAAAAAAUCAGUGUCCAGUGUGUGAGGAGCAUCUGGAGCAUAUUGUGGCACUCUUUGAUCAUCAUAAAGAGAAGCAUUUCAUUUGUCAAUUUUGUGAUGCACCUUUUGUGUCGCAGACAGCUUGUGAUACUCACGAGAAUCUGCAUGAGAAUAACGAUCCAUUGUUUAUUUAUAAGUGCCAUUUAUGCAUGAAGAGUUACGACUGCACAAGGAAUCUCAAGAUUCAUCUCAAAGAGAGCCAUUGGGAGAUACUCGAUGUGGGGUGGAAACCUGACUCUGAACAGGUCAAAGGACUCAUUCAGAAACUCAUUUUUGAGUGCGGAAUUUGUAAUACAGCUGUAAGCCUCAAGAGUGAAAUCAUUUACAGAAAUCACAUGGCUCUCCAUCAAGGGAGUGUUCCGAAACCAACCGAGAAUUCUCCUGAGAAAAUUUCAGACAUGCACUUGAGUGAUCAACAGAAUCUCAAAUUGACAUGUGUAAUCUGCAGCCAGACCUUCAACACUCCAGAUGCCGCGGAAGCUCACACCUGUUCGUCUCACAAGUUGAAAAAAAAAUCUAAUGUCUGCUCCAUAUGCAAAAAAACAUUCAACGACUCUGAAUCCUGGAAUCAACAUCUCACCACUCACCUUCAACGUGCUCAUCAAUGCUCAGUGUGUAAAAAAUUAUUUGUCAAUCGCCAUACCUUUCUAGCUCACAUGAAAACGCAUCCCAGCCAUAAUUAAUUAAUAGUUAUCAUUGUCCAUUGAAAUUCAAGAACGUAACACGAUGGCCUAUAGUAUUUCAUCGAUCAUGGGAAUAUCUCGAGAAUGAAUGGCGUAUCGUUCGAGAGCAGAAUUCAAUUUUUAUUCUUUCGUAAUCUUGUAUGAAUUUCUGGCAGUAGUGAUACUCUUUUCAAUAUAGUCGGGAUGAUUCAGUCAUUUUAAUACUACGAUGCCACUUCUUUUGAUACUUUAUCCCAUACUAGAUGGUGUUUAUAAGUGUAUAUUAUGAAUUUUCUAUUCGCCGUCGCUACCAUAAUUUUCCCAUUUUAAAUCUGAAACUAUUCAAGGUUUGUGCAUUUUUUGAUUAUCUAUUCACUCGACGUUUCAUCAUUUUUGUAAUUAUUAAAUUGGUAUUUAAUAUUGUGGAAUUAAGAAUUGUGCUAUGUUCGACUGAAAAUCUUCUCAAUUAUGAUCC